AUGGAAUGUUCCGAGUUUUACCAAGAUAGAAUUAAGUUUGGGCUAGCUAAGAAAUAUAUAUGCUUGCUCCGGGAUGCUGCGAUAUCUAUAUACGAUCCAGUUGAUCAAUCAAUUAUAAUGCACACUCGUAUUCCCCCUGGUUUUCAAGUCUCAAAUUUAUAUUCUUACAUUCAAGGUGCUCAAAUUCCAAUUGCUCAAAACAUACAUGAUUUUGCAUGUUGUGCCUCGCCUGAAGGAUUGAUUUACAUUGCAGGAGGUUAUGUCAAUUGUAGUUCGGCCAGUUUUAGUCGAGCCAAUUUUAGUCAUAAAGCAGCAGUAUACAAAGUAGAUGAAGACGAGUGGGACUUUCUUCCUGACAUGCACUAUAAAAUGACCGAUUCUGGAGGUGUAUUUUAUGAAGGAAUGUUUUAUGUCAUUAGUUCUAACAAUAGAACUCAAAGAUUUGAUCCCAACACAAGAGUAUGGACAAUACUUAAUUUGUCUUCUCCAAUUCCACAGUGCGUCCAUGUUAUGUUUGGACGGCUAAUAGCGGUUAUAGACAAUAAAAUAGAGCAAUAUGACUGGGAGAAAAAUGUGUGGAUACAAUUGGAAACCCUCCCUAAAAUACUUGAGUAUGUUCAGGCCACAGAGUGGAGUGGUCGAAUUUUCAUGUGCGGACAUGAGACGACUCUUUUUUGGUGUCCCAAAUUCUAUAUGCAUAAAUUUGAAGCAACUCCCUCUGAGAGGUGGGUUUCUGUCAACCCACCUCUAGAGGAAACUAUUGAUAAUUGGAUUUCUGUCAAUGCAUCGUUAGAGGAAACUAUUGUCGAAUCUAUUAUCACCGUAGAAAUUUAA